GCUCAUGACAGCGACACCACUGCAUCAACUGGUUCUUCUGCUGGAGUUGAACUGGUCCAACCUGGUCCAGUCAAGCCUGUAGCUAAGCCUGCUCCACCGUCACGAUGAAGGAGGAGCAGCUGAUGCUGGAUCCAGUGAGCGGCCAUCAUUCAGACCGAGUGGUGUCUCAGUCCUCCAGGAACAGUCUGCAUGAAGACAUGAAAGAGACUGAAACUCUGAAUCUGGCAAAUGAGACCAUGACAGCGAAGCAAGAGGAGAAGGAGAAGAAAGCACAAGAAGAGGAGCAGGAGCAAAAGAAGAAGAGGGAGGAGGGGUUGAGGAAGAUGCUGGAGGAUGAAAGGAAGAAGAGAGUGGAGGAGAAAAGGCAGAAGAAGCAGGCAGAGGAAGAGGAAGAGAGGAGGCGUGAAGAAAUGGACCAGGAGCAAACCAGACUGAAACGAGCAGAACGUGCGCGAGAGAAGAAGCGGCGAGAGCAGAAGAUGCUGCAGAUGGAGGGGAUUCUCAGGAGGAGAGAGGAAGAGGAGCAGAGGAGGAGAGCUGAGAUGGAGCGUUCACUUCUGGAGGAGGAGAGAACAGAAGCGAUGGAUGAGAGACAGAGGAGCACAGAGAGGAGGAAGGAAGAGGAGGUGGAUCUGUGGUCAGCGGAGCAGACUAGGACGCAGGCGGAGCUACUCACUAGUCAGGAGGUGGAGCGGUUGCAGCAGCAGUUGUGCUUCAGACAUGGUCUACUAUUGGAGGCAGAAGGUCUGGACAGAACUCAAGGGAUCUCCAGAGCCUGGGUUUACUCGUAUUUCAAUGUACCUCAAAUACUAGGUCAAGGUCCUGACCAUGACCCCUGA